GCGGACUCGUUCCUUCGCCGCGGCCGUGGUGGAGAGGGGACGAUGGGCGAGGAUGCGAGGAACUCGCUGUCCGUCUUUUUGCAUCACACCGGCACGGAAAGCGCCCGUGUGGCCGUGAUUCUUGCAACGAACGUUCCCACCGUCUUGGAUCGAGCCGUCCUCGACCGUGUGGAUGAGGAGUUCGAAUUUCCGAGACCCGCUUUCGAGCAGCGGAAUCAGAUGCUCCGCCUCUUCAUCGAUCAGUAUCUGUUGCGGUCCUCGAAGGGCGGAAAGUCGCUGAUCGAAGUGGACGCUGCGCUGGACGACAAGUUUUGGGAGGACGUUUACAACCUGUGUUUGCUCGUACAUCGCUUUCGUGGGACUCAUUGGGGUCAGCAUGUUCUGCCCUUUUUGGGAUUCCGCAUCUGGAGCUCCAAUUGCUCCGUGGCCGCAUCUGAGCUCAACACAGUCGCAAUCAGCGAGGCUGGGGAGCUUGCCGGCUUGCUGGUUUGCGUCGGAGACAAUUAUCGUGGCCAGUGCGAUCCGCCUCCCGACCUCGGUCCGGUGGUGGCCGUGGCUGCCGGAAAUGUGCACACCUGUGCCGUGAAGACGAGUGGCGAGCUGGUUUGCUUUGGAAACAAUCGCUAUGAUCAGUGCGAUGUGCCUCCCGACCUCGGUCCGGUGGUGGCCGUGGCUGCGGGAGGAUAUCACACCUGUGCCGUGAAGGCGAGUGGCGAGCUGGUUUGCUUCGGAAGCAAUCGUCAUGGUCAGCGCGAUGUGCCUCGUGAUCUCGGUCCGGUGGUGGCCGUGGCUGCCGGAGCUUUACACACCUGUGCCGUGAAGGCGAGUGGCGAGCUGGUUUGCUUCGGAUGCAAUGAGACUUGGCAGUGCGAUGUGCCUCCCGACCUCGGUCCGGUGCUGGCCGUGGCUGUCGGACUGUUUCACACCUGUGCCGUGAAAGCGAGUGGCGAGCUGGUUUGCUUCGGAUGCAAUAAGUAUGGUCAGUGCGAUGUGCCUGCCGACCUCGGUCCGGUGGUGGCCGUGGCUGCCGGAAAUGUGCACACCUGUGCCGUGAAGACGAGUGGCGAGCUGGUUUGCUUCGGAAACAAUGACUCUGGCAAGUGCGAUGUGCCUCCCGACCUCGGUCCGGUGGUGGCCGUUGCUGCGGGAGGAUAUCACUCCUGUGCCGUGAAGGCGAGUGGCGAGCUGGUGUGCUUCGGAAACAAUGACUCUGGUCAGUGCGAUUUUCCGCCAGGCUUCAAGGUUCUGCUUGCCCCACAGUCCAUCGGCACACCCACACCCGAUCCAACGCAGGAGGUGCUGCAGCCCGUGCAUCACAGCGAGCCUGCCGCCGACAUCUCGGAAGAGGAGAGCGCUGCAAUCGUGGCCGAGCAGGAAGCAUCGUGGAUUGAGCACAACAUCGGAUCCGGUUGGCAUGGCGACGAGCUGCAGCCUGGGAUGUCUGCUGGACUCACUCGGGUAGUGCAUUUGACGUUGAGCCGCUCGCACCGCCGGCUGGACGAAGAUCUGGAGCAUUCUGUGGUCUUGCAGCCAUAUCGGCAGGCCCUGGAAGAGGAGGGCUUGGCCUGGCGGUUGCAGCCCUCUGGUGCCAAGAUCUUCAUGGAGCCUUUCUGCUUCCGAGCUAUCCGCAGCCAUUUGUCCACCAUGCGGCUGAGGCCCUGCGACAUCUUCGUCUCAGAAACACUGGAGAAUGAGGUGGUGCGAGUGAUCCGGCAGAUCCCCCGCAGCCUUGGCGUGAUACCAAGAAGCUCCCAGAGCAUCGCCUUCGCGGACGAAGAUGGGGAAGUGGUGCUUGUCAGCCGCUCUUUCUUGAACAUUCCUGCCGGGAUGUUCCUCAGUCCAGCCUCCGUGGUGCAGUCCACGACAGAGGACGUGGCCAAGCAGACCGAGGGCAUGUCGGGCCGCCAGCUGGCGAAGCUGGUGUUGGCCUUUCAGUCCGCGGUCUUCGGCUCAGGGACGACCCGCCUCACACAGGGACUGGCACAGACGGUGCUUCAGUGGCGCCUGAGCCAUCCGAACGCCUGA